UACAGCAGCAGCUGUGGCGAGUGGUUUGGGUCCAAGGGCAGAGUCCCCAGGCAGGGCGCGGCCACCGCUCGGCGGCGAUCUCUGGGGCGGCACCGGAGCUCGGCCCUCCGAGAUGGGGGCGGGAUUUUAGAAAGAAGCCCCGGACUUCGCGAGUGGAUGCCCGGGGCUUUUCCUCGCAGCCUCUGCAGCCGCGGUCCCUCUGCCCAGGCGCGCUGCCACUGCUAGACUUCAUUCCUGUUUCCUUCAGCGCUGCUCGCCAGAGGACCCGGUUGCCAUGGUGAAGGAGAAAGUGGCCCACCCACAGGACCCUCACCACCCAUCCGAGAAGCCGGUCAUUCACUGCCAUAAAUGUGGGGAACCGUGCAAGGGCGAAGUGCUUCGGGUCCAGACCAAACAUUUCCACAUCAAAUGUUUCACCUGCAAAGUGUGCGGCUGUGACCUGGCACAAGGGGGCUUCUUCAUAAAGAACGGGGAGUAUCUCUGCACCCUGGACUACCAGAGGAUGUAUGGGACACGCUGCCACGGCUGUGGGGAGUUCGUGGAAGGAGAGGUGGUGACCGCCCUGGGCAAGACCUACCAUCCCAACUGCUUUGCUUGUACUAUCUGCAAGCGCCCGUUUCCACCGGGAGAUCGAGUCACCUUCAAUGGGAGAGACUGUCUCUGUCAGCUCUGUGCACAGCCGAUGUCGUCCAGCCCUAAAGAAACCUCCUGCUCCGGCAAUUGUGCUGGCUGCGGAAGAGAUAUCAAGAACGGGCAGGCACUGCUGGCGCUGGAAAAGCAGUGGCACUUGGGGUGCUUUAAAUGCAAGUCCUGCGGGAAGGUCCUCACCGGGGAGUACAUCAGCAAGGAUGGUGCUCCGUAUUGCGAGAAGGACUACCAGGGGCUCUUUGGGGUGAAAUGUGAAGCCUGUCACCAGUUCAUCACAGGGAAGGUCCUGGAGGCAGGUGACAAACAUUACCACCCCAGCUGUGCACGAUGCAGCAGAUGCAACCAGAUGUUCACAGAAGGAGAGGAAAUGUAUCUUCAAGGUUCCACCGUUUGGCAUCCCGACUGUAAGCAAUCUACUAAGACUGAGGAAAAGCUGCGGCCAAACAUUCGUCGUUCUUCAUCUGAUUUCUUUUAUCCCAAAAGUCUGAUUCGACGCACAGGACGGUCUCCAUUUCUGCAGCCUACCAGGACUUCCUCCGAAAGCAUUUAUUCUAGACCGGGCUCCAGUAUCCCUGGCUCCCCUGGUCACACUAUCUAUGCAAAAGUGGACAAUGAAAUCCUGGAUUACAAGGAUUUAGCAGCCAUUCCCAAGGUCAAGGCAAUCUAUGAUAUCGAACGUCCAGAUCUUAUUUCCUAUGAGCCUUUCUACUCUUCGGGCUAUGAUGACAAACAGGAGAGGCAGAGCUUGGGAGAGUCUCCAAGGACUUUGUCUCCUACUCCAUCAGCAGAAGGGUACCAGGAUGUUCGGGAUCGGAUGAUCCACCGCUCCACCAGCCAGGGCUCCAUCAGCUCCCCUGUGUACAGCCGCCAUAGCUAUACUCCAACCACGUCCCGCUCUCCCCAGCAUUUUCACAGACCUGAGCUGCUGUCUCCUGGUGUGCAGAGCUUGUCCCACCUGCGCACCAGCAGCCUCAGCUCCACCCACAGCGACUCCCGCCCCAACUCCCCCUUCCGACACCACUUCAUUCCCCAUAUCAAAGGCAAUGAGCCGUCCAGCGGCAGGAACUCCCCUCUCCCUUACCGGCCAGACAGCCGCCCUCUAACUCCAACUUACGCUCAGGCCCCUAAACAUUUCCAUGUUCCAGAUCAAGGGAUCAACAUUUACCGAAAACCACCCAUCUACAAACAGCAUGAUGCAGCUGCCCUGGCAGCCCAGAGCAGGUCUUCAGAAGACAUCAUCAAGUUUUCCAAGUUUCCAGCAGCUCAGGCUCCAGACCCCAGCGAGACACCAAAGAUUGAGACGGACCACUGGCCUGGUCCCCCCUCACUUGCCGCCGUAGGAGCUGACAUGAGACGCAGAUCUAGUGGCAGAGAGGAAGAUGAUGAGGAACUUCUGAGACGCCGGCAGCUUCAAGAAGAGCAAUUAAUGAAGCUCAACUCAGGCCUGGGGCAGUUGAUACUGAAAGAGGAGAUGGAGAAGGAGAGCCGGGAGAGGUCAUCUCUGUCAGCCAGUCGCUAUGAUUCUCCCAUCAACUCAGCUUCACGUGCUCUGUCAUCUAAAACCUCAUCCCUCCCAGGCUAUGGAAGAAAUGGGCUGCACCGGCCUGUUUCUACAGACUUUGCUCAGUACGACAGCUACGGGGACGUCAGUGGGGGAGUGCGAGACUACCAGACCCUUCCAGAUGGCCACAUGCCUGCAAUGAGAAUGGACCGAGGAGUGUCUAUGCCCAACAUGUUGGAACCAAAGAUAUUUCCAUAUGAAAUGCUUAUGGUGACCAACAGAGGGCGCAACAAAAUCCUAAGAGACGUGGACAGAACCAGGCUGGAGCGCCACUUAGCCCCAGAAGUGUUUCGGGAAAUCUUUGGCAUGUCCAUACAGGAGUUUGACAAGUUACCUCUUUGGAGACGCAACGACAUGAAGAAGAAAGCAAAACUCUUCUGAGUCACACACGUAGACAGCAGUUAGCGAAAGGACUGACAAUGGCGUGACGCACAGGAUCACAGGAUGCUGUAUUAAGGCCCAAAGUUGAUUGGAGAAUUUGCAAACCACUGUCCCUCAGCAACAACAGAAAGGGAGAAUCUGAUUGAAAUACCGGUGAGCCAAAUAUUGAGCUGACCCACGGCAACACUUGCCGAGAAGCAAUGGGGUACAAAUUUCUAUGUUCCCGCACUUGACAGUCGUGUUCACAUGUGACCUUUUUACAUCACCUUAUGUAUACAACAGGAGCUACUUCUUUUGUCUUCUUUUAACUGUUGUCCAACAGUAGUGCUGACUGUAUGGAUAAGAGCCAGCAAGUGCCCUUAGGAUGCCGCAUGGAAAAAAAGCAGUUGUAAUAAUUCCAAA